GAGUGAACAUGUGGGGCCACAUUCACGCGCAACAGCAGAAACUUCUGUGCUCACCUCUCAGGACGCGUUUUGACACUUUGCUGCAAAGGACGGGCACUCGUUUUUCUGAUUUUGCUUUUUCCUGGAUUAUUUCGAUUUUCUUUAAACCGGAGUGAUGGAUAUUUACAUCUUAUUUUCCGUCUUGUCUUUGAUGCACUCCUGGAUUUUAAGCAUAGCAAUCUGCGCUCCUGUUGAAACGUCAACCACAGUUUCACAAGUGCGCCAUGUGCGCGAAAAGCGCUGCUCAUGCGCGACUUUCUUGGACAAGGAAUGCGUUUAUUUCUGCCACUUGGACAUCAUAUGGGUCAACACUCCUGAGCGUAUCGUUUCAUAUGGCUUGGGCAAUGCCCCCAGGAAAAGGCGUUCAGUCCAGGUUGCCACGGCAACCGCAAGUGGUCGCUCCCGCUGUCGUUGCCUGCAUCAGGGAGACCUCACCUGCACUGACUUCUGCCAGAGGGAGGAGACAUCAGUAAAGAAUGAAAUCCCUUCUGAUGAGGGCCCCGAGCUGGAGGCUGACACAAGCAAGACUAAAAGUAUGAACAAUCAAAGAAGGGCGCCGCCGCCCCGGAUCAGCGCCGCCGUCGAAAGGCUUCUUAAAAAGUGGACGCAAAGCCGCAGGCUGAAAACGCCACUGAAGAUGACCCGUUACCCUCAAGCCAGAAGUGGAAAGAUUUCUUUACCUUCUCUAUAACUCAGGGAUCUUCAUAAACCCAUCGACCACCUCGGUGAUGGCGACGUGAGCACCUCCAUCUUGAUUGCAUCCCAAGCGGAGAGAAAACUGAGACAAGGAGCUGAGAUUUCAAGAGAUAAGCUGAUGACAAGAUUUUUUUUUCUCUGCAGUCACCUCUAUGCACUCCAAAUAGAACAUCAAGUAACAUUUCAAGCCAUUUUCUUUUUUUUUUUACGUCAGACAACCACUGCCAUCUGUGGAUUAUUUUUAAUUCUCAAAAAGUUGGAUACCAACGUGUAGUCAGGAAUAAGCCAUUCUGGUUGAACCACUUCCUGUCUACAUCAAGAUCCUAUGUAGCUCACGGAAAUGCAAAUUUCAUAGUUCACCUCCAAAAAGUAUUUCCUUCCUCAAUAGGUCUUAUAUAUUGUCAUAUUUAUUCCUAUAUUUGUACUUGUUUCGUCAGCCAUAUUGGUUAUGCACUAUGUCAUUUCUGUGAAAUGUUUUGACGUGAAGAUGCCAAAUUGUGGCGAAAAAUAUUUUAAUAAAUGUGUUUAUUUAAAAUCUGA